UGCAGCAGCCAGAGACACGUUGGAAAUUUCCUACAACAGACAUGUCAGCCUCCGGUACAUAGAGAACAGCAGAGAGCAAGGUUUUUUACUGGAAGGAACUCCACGAUGGUUGUUGCUGACUCACAGUCCCCCGACACAGGGACCAUCCUGCGUGUCAGAGGGUCACUGGAGUUCAAAUGUCAGCUGGACAGCACAGAUGCACUGCUAAUGUGCAAAGUAAUCUCAAGAACAUUUGAGACGCUUCGCUCUCGGGUGAAAUCAGAAUCCUGUGUUCUAACUGUCUGCGACAGUCCUGUUAUUAUCUGGCCAAACAAAAGUGUUUAUGUAACGCCUGAAGAAAUAACUCCAAACACACUGUGUGAAGAUUUACAUCAGUGGAUACAGACAGAAGAACAAGAGAGCGCUGGCAAGAGAGCUGCAAAAAAGAAAAGCAAAAAAAGUCCAGGAGCGAGUGUCAUUAACCUUCGCCUGAUGACAGAGGUGACAAAGACCGGCCCUCUUUCAGCCCCAAUCCUCAGCAGAACAGUCCAGAAAUCUCACUUCCUGUCUACAACUCUUCCCAUGGACUGUGUCGUUCGUAUCACCUGCAAUGACACAAUUAAAGAUGCCUUUGAACGCCUAUUGAAGGCGCUAACUCAUCAGGUGUGUGAGAUGGAGAAAGUGAUCCUGCAACACAUGAAGGGGACCACGCUUCUGGUACCUGAACCUCUCCACUUCCUCCUUCCAGAGCCGAAAGGACUAGUGACCGUGGUUUACCCAGCAGGAGUGCCUGACAGCCAACUAGAGACACAACGUAAGGAAUUGCAUCAACAGUAUGAGUUACCAGAUGACUGGCCCUAUUUUAGAAGAGCCAAUGCUUAUCACUUUCUCAAUGAGCCCUACAAAGAUGGUUACCUCCGAAACCCUCAUCUGGUCCUCACACAUCCCAGCCUGGACAAUGGAAAGGUGUACCUUGUCCAGGGGAUCUACAGUUAUCACCACUACAUGCAGGACCACGUGGACGACAAUGGCUGGGGCUGUGCUUAUCGCUCCCUGCAGACCAUCUGCUCCUGGUUCCAGCAGCAGGGCUACGUUGAGCGGCCUGUGCCCACUCACAAGGAGAUUCAGCAGGCUUUAGUGGAUGUCGGAGACAAACAGUCGUCCUUUGUCGGAUCACGGCAAUGGAUCGGAUCCAUUGAGGUUCAGGCUGUCCUGAACCAGCUGCUUGAGGUCACUUCCAAGAUCAUGUUUGUGAGUCAAGGUUCUGAGUUGGCAUCCAAAGGCAGAGAACUGGCCAACCACUUCCUUACUGAAGGGACUCCGAUCAUGAUUGGAGGGGGAGUUUUAGCUCACACUAUUCUAGGUGUGGCAUGGAGUGAGACCACCGGGCAGAUCCGCUAUCUCAUCCUAGAUCCACAUUACACAGGGGCGGAGGACCUACAGGUCAUCACAGACAAGGGCUGGUGUGGCUGGAAGGGACCAGAUUUUUGGGAUCAAACUGCGUAUUAUAAUCUGUGUCUGCCUCAGAGGCCAAAGAUCAUCUGAGCUGUCCCACCCUUUCACGUGGAGAUCAUUUGGCAUCGGCAAAACAUCUGCAAAGCUUUGUGACGCUGUAACCUGUUUGUUUUAUAGAAAUGUGUUUCUACAAACAUGGCAAAUUUGAGUAAAUUCUGUAAUGAUGGUAUAUUUGUGUAAUUUACUCUUAUGUUUUUGGUUCAACAUGAAUGCCUGCUGUAGUAGACCUUUUCUACUGGACCAUGUGGCUGAUUUAGGAAAUAACUGAACUAUACAGUAUAUUUUACCGUGCCCUCUUUUUCCUUCGUUCUUUUUUCAAAUGUCUUACAGUCACCGAUUAGAGCUGAAAUAAUUAGUUCAUUAAUAGACAAGUCGAUCGACAGAAAACUAAUCUGCAUCUAUUUUGAUAAUCUAGUAAUUGUUUUCAACAAUGACAAAAAUUCUCAGAUUCCAGAUUCUCAAAUUAUGAUUAUGAUAAUUAUUUUCUUUGUUAAAUAUAGUAAAUUGAAUGAAUGUAUUUUGGUUUCAGACUGUCAGAUAAAUCAUGAAAUGUCAAGACAUCGCCCUGGGCUUUUGGAAAUUACAAUGGGCCCUUUUCACAAUUUUCUGACAUUUUAUGGACAAUAAAAUAACAUUAAUUGCAGGCCUCUUUCAGACAACUAAAUAACACAGGCCCCAAACAUCCACUGGACAAAUGUCUGGUUUUUCAUGGACACCUACAUUGAAGGAUUAUUGUUUUGUAUUCAUGUGUAAACCUGAAUAAGAGAAGUGGGGAGAAAUCGGUACUCAUUCUGUAAUAUAUACAUUUGCUAGUGAAUAAAUUACAGUGAAGUUACA